ACGUGAGGCGGCAGUCGCGCGCGCUAUGUGUCCACUGUAGGGUUGAAUUUGCGUACAAAAUGUCUAAAAAGGACGUGUUGAAUUUGGACUCGAUUCUGCUUGAGCUGGGCCAGUUCGGCUGGUACCAGAUACGGAAUUACUGCUUCAUUUUGAUACCGAUCGCGUUUAGUGCAGUGUACAGCAGUCAGUACAUUUUUGCAGCGGGAAACUUGGAGUACAGAUGUAGGGUACCGGUAUGCGAGUCGUCCCCCCCAAAGUUCGACACAAACGGGUGGGGGGGCUUUGCGCUCCCCGACGGCGGGGGUCGAUGCGAGCGGUACGUCACCGUGGGGGGCAGCUGCACCCCCGACGCUUUUCACCCCACGGACACCGAACGGUGUGAUAGCUGGAUAUAUGAACAUAAUAACACUAUUGUUGCUACUUUCGACCUGGCCUGCGAGGAGUGGAAGCGCACUCUGGUAGGCACGAUCCACAGCGCUGGUAUCUUCUUCGCGCUGCCUCUCACUGCCUACAUAUCUGAUAGUUUCGGGCGUCGCGUCGCCUUCAUCCUAACGGCGGUUGCUCCAGCCAUCAUGGGGGUCAUCCGCUCCUUCUCUACGUCCUACGUCAUGUAUAUCAUCUUCGAGCUGCUUGAAGCGAUUGUGGGCUCCGGUGUCUACAGCUCUGGUUUUAUUCUAGCGUUGGAAAUGGUCGGCAUAAAUCGCAGGGUGCUUGGUGGUAACAUUAUAUCCUGCACGUUCGCUCUCGGUCAGGCGCUCGUGGCGCUGGUCGCGUGGGCAGUUCCCGAGUGGAGGACGCUAACCAGGAUCAUUUACGCACCUUCAUUCAUUUUUAUACUAUACUGCUUCGUAAUAGAAGAGAGUGUUCGGUGGCUGCUCAGCAAGGGCAGGCAGAAGGAAGCGGCAAAGAUCAUUUUCAAAGCUGCAGAAAUAAACAAGAGAAAGUUGUCGCCGGAGACCAUCAAACAAUUAACGGACGAGACAACACAAUUGGAAGACACGUCUGUGGAGCAGAAUAAAGAAUCUCUCGUGUUGCAAGUGUUGAGAUCGCGAGUGUUAAUAUCCAGACUAUUUAUAUGUGCAUUUUGGUGGAUCACUGUGACGUUUAUUUACUACGGGCUGUCUAUAAACUCAGUGUCUCUCGGUGGUAAUAGCUACGUGAACUAUAUUCUUACCGCGUUAGUGGAAAUACCUGGAUACUGUUUAAGCGUGUUAACGUUGGACCGCUUCGGACGCAAAGCAUCCAUUAUGACUUCAUUCUUUGUGUGCGGUUUAUCACUCUUUGGUUUACCCUUCAUUCCCACACAUUUGCAGUGGCUGCAAACGUGUUUGAACUUGCUGGGCAAGUUAUCUAUCAGUAUGGCAUUCAGUAGCAUCUACAUUUACACCUCAGAGCUAUACCCCACGUCCGUUCGUCACUCGCUGGUAGCUCUGUGUUCCAUGGCCGGGAGAAUCGGUCAAGUGAUUGCACCGCAGACUCCUCUAUUGAUGGCGUACAUGGAGUCUCUGCCGUAUCUCUUAUUUGGUAUAAUGGCGGCAAUCGCUGGUCUCCUCAUGCUGCUCACACCGGAGACGCUGCACAUCCAACUACCAGAUACAGUGAAGCAGGCUGAAGGGAUUGCUGUUGCGCCAAGAUCUAAGAAAACUACUGACAUUAUAGUGGAUUAGUGAUAGUUUGGGUUUAUAGCUAAAUAUAGUGCUUAUGCUAAGCUGGACUUGUAUAAAUAUUGCCUUUUGGCAAAGCUGUAGAAAGUGGUCAGGUCAAAUAUUUUCUGUGACUUUAGCUCAUAGGAAAAUAUCGUAAUAUGGAAUAUGAAGUUUUCGGUGUUAAUGAAGUAGGAUAUGAGUCUACUUCGUGCCUAUGUGAGAAUGUAUGAAAGAAAGAUUUUGCUGCGCCAAAAAAGAAGAAGAAAGUUUUAAAACAAACUGGAUAUGAAAAACUGGCGCUGAAACGUUAAAUAAAUGCUUGAAAUAUAUAACAGGCUACUAUAUAAUUCGGGCUACGUUGGGGUAAAACUGAAAAACAAAAUAUCCUGUCAGAAAUGGCCUUGGAAAAGUAAAUCUUGAGAUUAACAAUGUAUCAUAUUAUCAAUGCGUGUUCGAUCAUGGCAAUUUCUUGUAAACAUGGUUCCCUAAAUAAUUUGAAAGUAGAUUUACCAUAGCUUUAGUUAGGUAUAAUAUGAAUUAUGAAGAAAACCCAUGCACACGACCUCGCAAGACCUUACUUUAUGAAUUAGUGCAUAACUAGAUA